ACUGAAAUGUCCGGAGGGACAGCCUUAGCAAGCCUGUGACCUUCUAUGACAAACUGGACUAUGGUAUUUCAGAAGGGAUUUGGUCAGGAUUGUUAAACUUGUGCCAAAGAGAACCACUUCUUGGAUUUUUUCAGUCAAGUAGCACUAUAUUUGGACUGGAAACAGCCUGUAGGAUGAGCAGGAAUAACCAUUAGACGGCAAGUGAAAAGUUUCAAGCAGAUACUACAGUCAAGGAAGAAACAACUUGAACGUAUCUGGGCACAUUUCCAUACUGACUCAAGCAACACUUUUUCCCAUGACAUCAGAUUCAAAACAAACAAUAUAUUAUAGUCCAUAUGUUGAUUAAAGAAAACCCAAGCAGUGCAGAGUCAUGCACCAGCCUACCGAACACCAUCUGAACAAAAGCUGGAUUGCUUGCAAGCCAUGGAAGUUAAACAAAUAAAAAGCCAAAAGUUUUCAGGAUAAGGAGCCUGGGUAAGACAUCUCAGCAAGAUGAGGUUGUGAAUACUGAGAGAAAUGGUUAAUGCAUGGUUUGCUGAGAGAGUUCAUACCAUCCCAGUCUGCAAGGAGGGAACCAAGUCCCAGAGUGAAUCCUGUGCUUGUCACCAGCCUGCCUGUCCUGAGACCACCAGCUCUGGGACGCCAGCAAGGAAGAUCUCUGCUUCUGAAUUUGACAGACCCUUAAGGCCUAUUUUUGUCAAGGACUCAGUAGGAGCAGUAAGCUUCCUCUCCGGCUCUGAAAAGAAGGAACAGAUGCCUCUGCAAUCUCCAAGGAUUGAGACCAGUGCAGGGGAUCAAUGCUCAAGACUAUUAGAACUUGUGAAAGAUAUUUCUAGUCACUUAGAUGUCACAGCGCUUUGCCAUAAAAUUUUCCUACAUAUCCAUGAGCUUAUAGCAGCAGAUCGCUAUUCCCUGUUUUUGGUCUGUGAGGAUAGCUCUAAUGAGAAGUUCCUUGUAAGCAGGCUGUUUGAUGUGGCUGAAGGCUCCACCCUGGAAGAAGCUUCCAACAACUGCAUUCGCCUGGAGUGGAACAAGGGCAUUGUGGGUCAUGUAGCAGCUAUAGGCCAGCCUCUGAACAUCAAGAAUGCGUAUGAGGAUCCAAGAUUCAAUGCAGAAGUUGACCAGAUCACAGGGUAUAAGACUCAGAGUAUUCUCUGUAUGCCAAUAAAGAAUCAUAGGGAAGAGGUUGUUGGUGUGGCUCAAGCAAUCAAUAAGAAAUCUGGAAUUGGUGGCACUUUCACUGAACAAGAUGAGAAGGAUUUUGCUGCGUAUUUGGCAUUUUGUGGAAUUGUUCUUCACAACGCUCAGUUGUAUGAGACAUCUUUGCUUGAGAACAGGCGUAAUCAGGUGCUUCUUGAUCUUGCCAGUCUGAUUUUUGAAGAGCAGCAGUCUUUGGAAGUAAUUCUGAAGAAGAUAGCUGCCACUAUAAUAUCCUUCAUGCAAGUGCAGAGGUGUACCAUCUUCAUAGUGGAUGAAGACUGUACUGAUUCAUUUUCUAGUGUGUUUCAUAUGGAAUCUGAGGAAUUAGAAGAUUCGGCUAAAAAUGUGAAGAGGGACUAUGAUACAAACAAAAUCAAUUAUAUGUAUGCUCAGUAUGUCAAGAAUACGAUGGAGCCUCUUAACAUCCCAGAUGUCUGCAAAGACAGAAGAUUUCCCUGGACAAAUGACAAUGCAGAAAAUGUAAGUCAACACAUAAAGAGUUUGCUGUGUACACCAAUAAAAAAUGGGAAAAAGAAUAAAGUGAUAGGGGUGUGCCAGCUUGUGAAUAAGAUGGAAGAAAACUCGGGCAAAAUCAAGGCUUUCAACAGAAAUGAUGAACAAUUCCUGGAAGCAUUUGUCAUCUUUUGUGGCCUGGGGAUCCAGAAUACACAGAUGUAUGAAGCUGUAGAAAGGGCCAUGGCCAAACAGAUGGUGACAUUAGAGGUUCUUUCAUACCAUGCUUCUGCUGCUGAGGAGGAAACGAGGGAGCUGCAGGUAACAGCGGCUGCUGUAGUUCCAUCCGCACAAUCUCUCAACCUGACCGACUUCAACUUCAGUGAUUUUGAGCUAUCAGAUUUUGAAACAACACUGUGUACAAUUCGAAUGUUCACAGACCUCAACCUGGUGCAAAAUUUCCAAAUGAAACAUGAGGUUCUCUGCAGAUGGAUUUUAAGUGUAAAGAAAAAUUAUCGGAAAAAUGUUGCUUAUCACAACUGGAGACAUGCCUUUAAUACAGCACAGUGCAUGUUUGCUGCUUUAAAAUCUGGUAAAAUUCAGAGCAAACUGACUGACUUAGAAACCCUGGCUUUGCUGAUAGCAACUCUAAGCCAUGACUUGGAUCACAGGGGAGUGAACAACUCUUACAUACAAAGAAGCGAACAUCCACUGGCUCAACUGUAUUGCCACUCAAUCAUGGAGCAUCAUCAUUUCGAUCAAUGCCUUAUGAUCCUGAAUAGUCCAGGAAAUCAGAUUCUCAGCAGCCUUUCCAUUGAAGAAUACAAGGCCACGCUGAAAAUGAUAAAACAAGCCAUUCUUGCCACAGACCUAGCACUAUACAUAAAGAGGAGAGGAGAAUUUUUUGAACUUUUAAGGAAGAAGCAAUUUAAUUUGGAAGAUCCUAUGCAGAAGGAGCUAUUUUUAGCAAUGCUGAUGACUGCUUGUGAUUUAUCAGCCAUAACCAAACCAUGGCCAGUUCAGCAACGGAUUGCUGAGCUUGUAGCUACCGAGUUCUUUGAUCAAGGAGAUAAAGAGCGGAAGGAACUCAACAUAGAACCAACAGAUCUAAUGAACAGAGAGAAGAAAAAUAAAAUUCCCAGCAUGCAGGUUGGAUUCAUAGAUGCUGUUUGCUUGCAGCUGUAUGAGGCCCUAACACAUGUGUCGGAGGCCUGCUACCCUUUACUGGACGGCUGUAGAAAAAACAGGCAGAAAUGGCAAGCCUUAGCUGAACAACAAGAGAAGAAUCUGAUUAAUGGAGAAAGCAAUCAAGCCAAACGGAACUGAGAUGCUGAUUUAACAACCACAAGCUUAAAUUCACAUAGAAAACAUAGUAAUAGGGGAGUACUGCAUUUUGCUAUACACUGUAUGAAUUUGGCUUAUGUUUUGCCACUGCUGUAUUAUUUUCCACAUUUCAAGAUAUAGCAUGACCAUGUAUAUGCCAAGGUUAUAUAAAGAUAGUAUGUUUCUUUUAUUACAUCUGAUUGAGAUGGAAAAAGAUCUGCAAGGGUAGUUUUUCUUACCCUACUCCACAGAAAGGUACGAGUGCAGUUACUCAGCUGUCCCCAAGAGCCUAUUACUUUAUAGAUGUAUAUAGUUGUUUAGUGAUCAUGUUGUGGCCAGUAUCUUAAAGACUACUGCAUUUUGCACCUUUUUUCCUCUUCCAGUCUUGCUGUGUUAUGUUAUAAAAGUAAUGAGCAGUCUUGCCUGUUCUCUUCCCAGAGGUUCAGAGGAAGGGUUGGGACUAACUCUGAGGAGUCUAAUCCACCACUGCUGUGCUAACCUCUUCCAGGAGACAGAACUGGGCUCCAAAAGUGGAAGAGCUCCAGAAUCUGUGCACCCAGUAGUUUUUUUCAUACUAGAGGAAUGCCUUAGCAAAUGUCUUAUAUUUGGAGAAAUUUUUAAAAACCCUGUGACUUACUAGGCAAUGGGGGUCUUAGGAGUUUUGUGGUAGAAGUGUCGUAAUUAUCCGUGAAUAAUGUAAACUGCUUGAAGACUGAAGAAAUGUCACAACAUAACUGACAGGCUUCCAUGGAGGAAUGGCUCCCAUCGAAAGCUGCAAGAAGCACACAGAGAAAUGGAAACUAAACAGGAUCAUUUUUAUAUACUGGUUUUAACUUCAUUUGGAAGUUGAAUUUAACAUCAUCAUAACCAACAGACUGAAUCAUGGGCAAGAAGAGUCAAAGAUAAUGUGACUGCAAGAGCAAGAGAUGAAAAUCUGAAUCAGAAUGAUGCAGGAAUGGCACACUUCUGGUGACUAUCAAGGACUGACUCUUUAGGCCAGUGCUAUGAUGAAAUGGCUAUGACCACUCUGAAGAAAGUUUUUUUUUUAAAAAAACUUUAAAGUUUAAGAUCUUUUAAAAACAAUUUUUGUCAUUAGUUAAUGUUAACAAUGAUUAAUCACAAUGUCUUAAAGAAGUAAGAAAAAGGAACACUGAACACGGAAAGCAAAAAUAGCUCAGAAUGCUACAGGGAUUUGCCAUUUGUGUAUGGGGUAUUAAUGUUCAGAAAAUAAAUCAGUUAACUUGCACUAGUUAAAAAAUAACACUGAUAUUUAAUUUAAAUGAUGACUAAUAAAAAUUGUUUUUAAUUGGGAACCAAUUCAAGAAAAUACACACGUUAGACAAACCCCAAAAGGCUAAUACAAAGAGAGCACUAUUCUUUGGGUAGACAGGACUUGGAGACUAAUGUCAGCAGUCUAAGAUUGGUUAGCAGUAGGUAUAAUUUUGGCUGCACAGAGACACAGAAAAUGCUACUCUUUUUUUUUCUUUUUUUUUUUUUUUUAAAUCUGUAGUAUAAAUUUUCAGUUAAAAUAGCAAUAGUAUUAGGCAAAAGUAAUACAUUUGGUCUUAUACUUCAAAGUGUGGAAGUUGAUUUCUAUCAGAGUAAUCCAGAAAAUUCUAGUUGGAAACUGCAAUAAAUUCUUCCCAAGAGAUUAUCAAUCCUCCCGUGUAAGAUCUGGUCAGAAAGACAAUGAAAACAACCUUUUUCUUAUCAGUCUCUGCAUUUAGAUAAACUAUACCAGAAUCUAACAAAAGAUGAAGCAAAUGUUUCAAAAUGGUUGAUGAUACCGAGUUCCAUAGUAAUUUUUUUUUAAACGUAUAAGGCAUUCCGAUAGUCUGCAGCAUUUCUGCCAACCUAAAUUAUUUGACACUGAUUUAAUCCAAUCUCAAACUUUUCUCAUGACUAACAACAAUAUAUUAUUGCAGCUGAAUUUGAAAACAUUUUUCUAAAAGUUUUUUUCCCGAUUUUUUUUUCCCCCUUUU